AUGUCUAAGAACGUCAAGGCCGUCCCAACCUCCGACUACUUUGCGGUCGUUGAAGUAGUUGAGAACUAUGUCGCUGGUCUCAAAGUCGGUGAUGCCAAGCAAGUCGCAAAGUCCUUCCACAAAGACGCAACUAUGUACGGCUUCUCCGCCGAAGGUGAACUGCUCGGUGGUCCCAUCAGCAACCUUUGGACUUUCAUGGAGCAGUUCGGUGCUGCCCCAAAUAUCAUCGCGCGCAACGAUAUCAUCUCCAUCACCCCAACCACAGCUGUCGUCAAGGUCGAUAUGGAGAACGAUGCGGCAGGUAAUGAUUAUACCGAUAACCACACUCUGUUAAAGCAGGAUGGGAAGUGGUUGAUUAUCGCAAAGGUGUUCCACACUUAUCAAAAAUAG